AUGUCUUAUUAUUCUAGGGAUGGUUGGGUGCUUGCGAAAUUAUCAACUCGCAUGUAUUCACUACUUUUUAACCCCUUUACCAACAAGUUAUUCUGCUUACCCAAGGAGUCAGUCUAUCAUUCAAGGUCUCGCCUAGAUUUCUCAGCUACUCCUACUUCCACUAGAUGUGUGGUGAUCUCCUAUGCUCGAGUACCUACAACAGAAGAUUUUCUGAUCGAAACUUGGCGGCUUGGUGAAGACACGUGGACCACCCAUCGCUUUGAGAACUCUUUUCGUGGGUGGGACAAAUGUGUCUUCUCCAACGGUGUGUUCUACUUUCUCAGUACUUGCGGCUGCCUUGGUGUUUUUGACCCGUGUGAAGCAACCUGGAAUCUUCUUCCAGUGAAACCCUUUCUUUUCCCAGAGCCCGAUUCUCCGGUCUUCAUCAUGGAGCAUGAAGGAGACAUCUUUGUUAUGUGUUCACGCCUCAACAGCAACAACCAUAUUGUGUUUAAACUAAACAUGAAACACAAUGUAUUGGAAGAGAAGAGAGAUCUUGGAGGGUUGACUGUAUUUGCAAGUGUCCCUGGCUCUUUUAUAAGAGCUUGUCUCUCCGCAGAGGAGAUGAACAGAAUAUAUCCUUCGUUUACUAAUCUUCAUUUGAUUUUUGGCACAAGCUCUCAUCACCCUCCAAAAAACAAUUUGUCUUGCCGUGUCGCUUAG